ACCAAAACCCUAAUCGAGCGACUUCUCCACACCCCACUUUUCCCCCGGCCCUAUCUCUUCUUCUCUUUUCAUCUUGCCGCCGACGGCCAACCAAAUCCUCAAUUAUUAGGAUGUCGUUGGCGGAGGAGUCGAUGGUAGAGCCUAAGAGGCAGCGACGGAAGUGGUGGGAUGUCGGAAUCGUUAGUGCUUUCGAAGAUGAUGUGGUUGUUGAUCUGAUGGGUAAGUCCAGGGACGACACGAUCCACAGAGCUACCUGCAAGGUGACCGCCCCAACCGAUGCCAACUCCAACCAGAAAUUCCGUUACGGUAUGGGUUUUGCUGUACUAGGAACCAAAUUAUAUGCUUUUGGUGGUCGCGCCGGUAGACGCAUUAUCAAUCCAGAACCUAAUUAUGACGAAGUUUUCGAGUACCCGCGAAGUUUGUUCGUAUGUGAUCUGCCCGACGAUCCAGAAAACCAUGAAUCGCUCGAAUGCGUUGAGCAUCCAAACAAACUGCUGGGACCCAAGCGAAACUGCAUUCAUGUUCCCUACAAAGACGAGAAGCUCAUUAUGUUGGCGACAGAAUAUGUUCCAGUCAGUUAUGGUCCCAAGGAGUGUCCGGCCCCAUGCGAGGUUUUGCAUCUCAAAGAUCUUACAGUCGAGAAUGUCCACGCCCCUUUCUGGGAUUGGGACGAGACCAAACGUACCUACCCUGACAUCAAUGGUUAUGUCGUUGUAGAGAGUUUAUUGUAUGUUGUUGUGAGCCAUGUUUUUGGUCAAUGGGAGUUGUAUUCUCUUGACAUGGCAAUGGACAAGCUGGAGUGGCAACACAUUCAUCGUGAUAGUGGGUCUUCUGCACUUUCACUUUUGACGACUGUGUACACGCAAAAUGUGUUUCUUAGUCCACUCUGCUCGAGUGUUGUUCAGAAAGAUAGAUUUUUUCUGAUGAAAGAAACAGGACCUGACCGCAACUUCGGCAUUUUUGUUAAGGAUAGUGAGAAGGAGGUGGAGCUACCUGAACUGUCCAACAUUGUGGUGAAUGUACAGGGUAGUUUCUACGAUGGGAGUGUAAUGGUUGUUCCUUUUCGAAAUGACGAUGACAAUGACGAUGAGAGGUCUGAUAUGUUUUGUUUCUUCGUGUGGUAUAGAGCUGCAGGCAUCGGAUUAAUAGAUUCGUUCCAAGCUUGCAAGUUUAAAUUGUUUGACAAUGGCGGCUGCACUACUGCUGGCUCUAGUACCCACCGCCACUGUGAAGUCUUACCUGGGUGGCCAACUUCUUUUCAGAAUCAAGUCUAUGGCACUAGUUUUACUGCCUUCACUCCAGAGUCCUACAUAGUGGUUGAUCCCGAUGCUGAAGAACUUGAUUCCCACAUGAUAUGGAUGAAGAUUAGAGAUCGUUGAUUUGGUAAGUGGUUCCUCACUACAAGUGAUGUUCUGUUCAACUUCCUCGACGUUUCCUUGUGUGAGUGAGCUAUCAUGAAUAUUGUGGAUGGCCAAAAAAAUCCAUGUAAAUGGGUAUCCACCCGAACAAUCAAGAGACACGAACUAUACUCUUCGUUUUCCGGAGAUGGCAAAGUAUUCGGCAGGGGCAUGAUUUUUUGGGAAUGAGGAGCAACAAAAUAAAGAAGUAAUUACCGAAAAAAAGAAGUAAUUUUUACAAUUAAUAAACAAGUU